AUGGCUUCUUUCUUCUUUAACUUCGUCUAUAUGCUUAGAAGUAUCUCUUUGAAGGAGAUAGGGAAGCUGAGCCUGGCCGCCCUCAAUUACAUAAAGAAAUUCCAGCUCGACUCCCUGGGAACUGAGCCUACUUUGAACAUGCCUCAGACUCAUGUUGGACGACAACAAGCAGUCGAGCUUCAGGGCUCUGCAAAUCGUACGCUUCUUGCUCGGCUGUUGUUCUGGAUCUACAAAGAAGAUGUCAACUGUGCCUUUCUAGGGGGAGGCGGCCAUGUAGGGAAGCAUUUCAGAAGCAGUCCUCAGCGGAUGAUGGAUAUCUGGCGCCUGUCUCGACCAACUCUUCAACUCAACUGGGGCAUCGAAUACCCGAUACAUCAAAGUCUCGAUGAUAUGGAGAUGUCUCACGCCGUCGACAUGUCUGUGGACCUUGUUCUCCUUCGAUUCGAAAUUACCGACCGCGCGAAUUCGAUUCAUCCUUGGUUUCACCAAAUCAGAACAGUAGGCAACCUGUUUAGUUGUCAAGAAAAAAACAUCUAUUGA